AUGUCACCAGAGCGACUGCAAGUAUUUACGUGCAGACCAUUAUGUCACCAGGGCGACUGCCAGUAUUUCGCGUACAUACCAUUAUGUCACCAGGGCGACUGCCAGUAUUUCGCGUACAGACCGUUAUGUCACCAGGGCGACUGCAAGUAUUUCGCGUACAGACCGUUAUGUCACCAGGCAGACUGCAAGUGUUUCGCGUACAGACCAUUAUGUCACCAGUACGACUGCCAGUAUUUCGCGUACAGACCAUUAUGUCACCAGGGUGACUGCAAGUAUUUCGCGUACAGACCGUUAUAUCACCAGGCAGACUGCAAGUUUUUCGCAUACGACCGUUAUGUCACCAGGCAGACUGCCAGCAUUUCGCGUACAGACCGUAAUGUCACCAGGGUGACUGCCAACAUUUCGCGUACAGACCGUAAUGUCACCAGGGAGACUGCAAGCAUUUCGCGUACAGACCGCUCACAGGCCGUAAUGUCACCAGGGAGACUGCCAGCAUUCCGCGUACAGACCGCUCACAGGCCGGAGACUCCCAGCAUUCCGCGUACAGACCGUAAUGUCACCAGGGAGACUGCCAGCAUUUCGCGUACAGACCGUAAUGUCACCAGGGAGACUGCCAGCAUUUCGCGUGCAGACCGUAAUGUCACCAGGGAGACUGCCAGCAUUUCGCGUGCAGACCGUAAUGUCACCAGGGAGACUGCCAGCAUUCCGCAUGCAGACCGUAAUGCCACCAGGGAGACUGCCAGCAUUCCGCGUACAUACCGUAAUGUCACCAGGGAGACUACCAGCAUUUCGCGUACCGACCAUAAUGUCACCAGGGAGACUACCAGUGGAUUACCUAGUACAUUUGGUACAGCAGAUUUUCGACCACAGGGUGACUAUGAUAAUAUUUUCCUUAACAAUCCAGGUUUGCCAUGUUAUGCUGACGUGGUACAACAGGCCUUGGAGUACGUGUUCCAACUGAGGGGCGGCAAUUGCGUGGGAGGGACGGGGGAGGUUCUCCCACUGCAGUUUGACGUCACUGUCUGGAAUCAGUAUACGGACCCAGCCAUCAGAUCAGCCAAUCUGCUGUCGAAGAUCAUUGAACGUAAUGGAGGCACAUUGGACUCGCUUGAGGACGAGUUUUUCUUCCUUGUGACUCGUAACAACGUGCAUGGAGACUCGCUUGUGUUCGGGUCCGCAAUUGCAGUUGAACCUGGCGUUUACAGCAAAUACUUCGCCUUCUGUCCGUACGCUUACAAGAAAAAUGGGACCGUUCGCAGCCACGAUAUCUCCCUAUUCUACGAUUACCUUGAUCCGGGAACGGAAUGGUACCAUACGCUGAAAAUUAGGACAUGGGACAAUGCUACUAUUGUACGAGAUUCCAUCAAAUACAGGCUGAAUAACUCGAGCCUGUCGGAAGUGGAGGAGAUAUAUCCGGUGGCGACUCUCGAGGACGGUCACUGGACCAUGCCUUACUUUGACUGUGGCGGUGGGGACAUUUGGAUGGUCACUUACUCCGCCCCAAUACUGGCCUCUAGUGGAGCUGCCCCCACUCAUGCCUAUGUUAUUAACUGUACAUACAGGGGCGUGGCUACAAUUGACAUUGAAUUGACCCACAUUGAUAUCAACCAGUGUGACGAAGGUGAUGGCGUCACAUCCGGCCUUGACGUGUUCCGGGGAACGCACAUGUGUCAACCGACAACGUUGUGUUCACCCCUGCAAGGGCUCGGCUUUAUGCCAGGGGCGUACGUGUGCAUAUGCCGAGACGGGUACUACUUUCCUGAUACCAGCGCCACCACGAAGGCCUACAGUGGCUCGACCAUUGAAGCCCAAUUCAGAGAGUUGGGUAACGUUGAGGAGGGCCUGUACCGGUGUGCUGCGUGCGCCGCUGGAUGUGACACGUGCAAUGACGCCUCCCCCUGUCUGCACGAGCGGAACAGAGCCCUAGUUGUACCCCUGUUACUCCUUAACACCAUCACCGUCAUAGGCAUCGCGGCUGUGGCCGUGGCGACAUAUCUCUACCGUUUUGAACCGGUUAUUAAAUCCGCCAGUCCUAUUUUUCUCGAGCUAAUGUGUCUUGGAGCUGUUAUCAUGUGUAUACAGAUGUACGUUCAGAUGUCGGCGACGACGGUCGCGUGGUGUCGAGUGCGGAUAUGGCCGAUAAAUCUGGGGUUCUUUCUCAUGUACAGCUCCCUCAUACUCAAGACGUGGAGGAUCUCUAUGAUAUUCACGGUCGGCACACAGAAGCGGGUCCGCCUCCCGGACCAGGUUCUCAUGCAGCGACUGGGUCUCCUGCUGCUCCUUGUGGUCACCGUCCUGGCCACUUGGACCGGAACCAACACACCGGAAGUUCGCACCCUCAAGACCACCGAUGAGCUCAAGUUUUUCAUGUGUGACCACGGGCCGUGGGAAUACGGCAUAAUUGGGGCCGAGAUAUUGUUCCUCCUAUACGGGGUUUACCUGUGUUUCACCGUGCGGAAGGCGCCGGCCCACUUCAACGAGAGCAAGCACAUCACAUGGGCCGUAUACAACGCCAUCAUCCUUGGCAGCUUUACGUCUCUCCUUUCGCGCCUGUUCGUGUCGGUGGUUGGCCCUGACAUGGUUAUAGUGCUACAGUUUGCGCAGAUUCAGGUUUAUGUCACCAUCACCAUCCUCCUUAUAUUUGUGCCCAAGUUUCACGCAGUGAUAAAGAAAAUUGACAUGCCCAACCAAAACAUGACCUUGAUGACGACAAACACCAUACAGUCGGUAACGGGUCAGCUGAAGAAGUCACAAGUGUCGCCACUUCCGCCCAUCCUAAAGGCGCACGCGUCCACACAGACGGCGCCGUUCGACCAACUGACAACUCCGGACAUAACUCAUCUGUCUUAGAAGCCUGCAGCAAAUUGUUUAAACCCUUGAAAAGUUGUCGAAAGGUCAUAAUUAUGGCUAGUUUGCACAUUUAAGUGAUUUCAUUAGUCAAUAAUAAUUUUCGGAUAAAUAUUGACCAAUCAAAACACUUUAACAAAACCAAUGACUUAACCCGUUUGGGUGCAGCUUAUUUCACCCGAAGACGUAAUAUAUCUUUUGUGAAGAUCACAAAGACGCCAAGGGACUAUCGGCUACUUCCGGACAUACAUGCAAAUAUGUCCACUUCCCUAUGACCACUGUCGUCUGUGACUAAAUGAUACAACACGUAUAAUGGAACAAACGAAUACUUUCUGGCCUUCAUAAAGAGUAUUCAUCCGUCUAAACUACGUUGAUCAAUGUCUACAGAUGUUUGUUUUCUUGGACUUGAUCACAAAAACACAAUGGCACAACAUAAUACACGUACUUCCGAAAUUUCGGACUAUUCAGCAAUAUCAUCAAAUCAUUCAUUACAUCGCGUACAUCCGUCCAAUAACGUUUAUCUUCAUUGAUCACAAUGGAAUGAACAGAUAUUUUGGACAUUUAUUUAAGGGAUGAAUUGCGCGGAUUGAUUCCAUUAUCGGGUAUGAACGCAGUUGGGCUGGUUGAAGUUUUUGGAGUCCGAAAUAUACAUAAUUUACACUUCAGACUGUCAAACUCACAUACAUUUACACUUCAAACUGUUCCCGGGCCAGUACUAUAUACAUGUAUGUACGUCAUAAAGAACGUUUGGGGUUGCCCAAGAAACCCAGGAACGCCCUUCCACUUACCGUUGAUGACGCAAACUGUCCGCCGGAUCUGAAGACCUGACACCUACAGUAACUCACCUUUCCAUACGUAUUGGCAAUUAUAAGUUCUAAUGUAUACCUCAAAGCCAGAAACCGUUGUUUUGCAGGAUGUCAAACUCUUUCAGAAGACGUCAAAGCGCAUCCUGUGGACUGACCAUCUUUUCGGUUGUUCUCAUGACGACUCCCAUCACAAACUUUGAGUUGUUUAAGGGACUGCAUGUGGCAUAGUCGUUCGCAAUCGUUCAGUGAUUCAGAUUACAUAUUUAAGCAUCCACUUCCGGUCAUCAUUAAAUCGCAU